AUGGCGAGCAGAGAUCACAGUGGGUCUAUCACGUAUUCGUUUAAGUGCGGUCUCCGCGGGUUUCACGUUUAUAAAGAGGUUUGGAGUCCGAUUGUUGGAGAGCAAUUGAAAUGCUGCUACUAGAGAAAUAACUCUUACGAUCGCUAUGCUAUUGCCGUGACCAAGUGCCUUCGAGGCCGUCUAGGCAACUCUACUGUUGGUCACUUGCCCAGAGAAAUUUCCAGAGCAACACGCUCAGGAAGGAGCGGGUUGUUUGUGCUAGUCAUCGACAAGAACCACAGAAGAUCUCCCCUAGUGCAAGGAGGGUUAGAAAUUCCUGUACAAGUUACAGCUGAGAUGGAUCUUACCGAAAGGAACAAGGCAAUACUUGAAAAGUAUAAACAGAUUGUCGUUUCAGAUUACAAAGAACCCGGGAUAGAUGGCCAUUUCGAUGACCGUACAAAAGAGGUGCUGAAAGGACUUGAAGAUGACGGUAGUGAUACUGAUGAAGAGGUUCAAAGCAACACAGAUAGUGAAAUUUGA